AAGAAGCAUAUAUUAUUUAAAUAUUUAAACGAAACAGGUUUGAUUUCCAGAAUAUAACUGCUUUAUACAUUUUUUUUUCGUUUGUUAGUUUUUGUUGUUUAAAGUCAUGAUGUUACAUACUCCGAUACAGUAGGCGGCGGCAUGCACCUUUAAUUUUGGUUUGUAGUCCUCCAUCAAAACAGGAAGAAAAAGAAGAAGAGGAAGAAGAAGAAGUGUAUAUUUGUUAGCAAGAUUAGCACGAGUCUGGUUCAACGUCGCUGCUCUUCAAAUAUGCCGACAAUAAGGCGAUUAACAUUCAAAAAAGAUGGGUAAAGACAGCCAUUCGUGCUAAGAGCAGUGCAGUGUGAUGCUGAGUUUAAAUUCAGACUCCGACGUUGGCACUGCUUAGAUAAAAGCUACAUGUUAACGUUACCCAGACCUAAGGAUUCACCCUCUCGGCAGAAGCUGGUACUGGCGACUCAUUUACAACAGAGGAACCGCUGGCUCUUCUCAGGCUGAGACAAACCUGUCUUUCCCAAGAUGUCGUGGUUCAAUCAUGUCAGUCAAGGCUCAAACCAGCAGCAGCAGCAGCAGCAGCAGCAGCCCACUGACAGCCACAGACUUGCAGCUACAGACAUGUGUAGCCCUCACUACUCCAGGCUCAGGGGUCCGACAGAGGGAUCCCCGACCAUGGCAACCCAAAACUGGAUUGGCUUCUCCUCUCCCAGCCCGGAGAACUUUCCAUCAGUCCCGCAGGCUGUCACCUGCCCCCCCACCCUAGAGAACCUGUCAUGCAUUUCUCCGAGUGCAGGCCAUGCUAGAGACCUGGAGCCCAUCUCAUAUGUGACCCUCCAAGAGCAGCGGUGCGUCCUGAGCUGGUUCCAGGGCUGGACCGCCACACAGAGGGAGCGGUUUCUGCAGGACCUGCUGGGAAAAGCUGUGCCUGGGAAAGUGUGCACCCUCCUAGAUUCUCUCAGUACUCUUCAGGUUAAAGACAGACUACCAAACAUUUUUGAAUGCCAGCUGCGCCUGUGGACCCAGUGGUUUGAGUCUUGGGGAGAAGAGGAGAGGAAUCAUUUCUUGCACAUACUGGAGGAGCGAGACCCAGCAUUUGUUGCCCACUUUUACAGGAGUGUAGCGGGUACAGCAGGAAGAGACUGAGCAAUGAUUGCAUUGUGAUAGAGAAGCAGAUGUGAUAACAUUGUGUUUAAAAGCAACUAGAGAGGGAACGUGUAUUAGAUCUAAGAUAGUUCUCUUCUUAAGAGAAAUAUAUGUAAGUGCGAUGGGACUUAUUGUUGAAGGUAACCUAUUUCAUUUUUAACAACAGAACAGAAAUAGUCAUCCAACAAAGCUUUUUUUCAAUUCAGUUUUCUACACCGGUUUCUUCAGGGCCACAUCAAACAUUAUAUCGCUUUCUACGAAGCUCAGAACAAUUUUCUUUAGUGCUUUCAUCAUACGAUUUAGUGGCCCUUAUAUAAACUUGAAGUAACCCAAUUUGACGUCUGACUGUAAGAGAAUUACACUUUCUGUAUUGCGAUGACAUGGACAAGAGAACAAAACAUUUUUUGUAAACAUACAAGAAUAAACAAAAUGCAUUGUUGUA